GAACUCUUCAGACUUGGCUCAAAGGAUUAAUUAAAAAACAUUAGCUUCUUUUCAGUAGGUUUAAAUUUCUUUUUACAUUUGUGCUGGAGGAACCACUACACAUCUUUCACAAGAAAACCAGUCGGAAUCCAUUGGCUUCAUGCUGUAGAGUAAUAAGUCAUGCUAACACCUUUUAACCCAGACAUUUUAUGGGAACUAGACUUGCAUCUGCAGCCUUCAGUUCUGGACAGCUUUGCAUUGCUCUCAGGGCAACUGAACACCUUGAAUAAAGUGCUAAAGCAUGAGAAGACCCCACUACUGCGAAACCAGGUGAUCAUCCCCCUAGUGCUGUCUCCAGACCGUGAUGAGGAGAUCAUGCGGCAGACAGAGGGGCGCGUGCCGGUGUUCAGCCAUGAAGUAGUGCCUGACCAUCUCCGAACUAAGCCUGACCCUGAGGUGGAGGAGCAGGAGAAGCAGCUGAUCACAGAUGCAGCUCGAAUUAGCCCUGAUGCAGCACAGAAACAGAUUCAAAGUCUGAACAAAAUGUGCUCAAAUUUGCUGGAGAAAAUCAGUAAGGAGGAGCGUGAAUCUGAAAGUGGAGGUUUACGACAGAACAAGCAGACGUUCAACCCUGCAGACACCAAUGCACUGGUAGCAGCUGUGGCCUUUGGGAAAGGGCUGUCAAACCGGAGACCCCCAGGCUCUGGGGCAUCUGUCCAGUCGGGCCAGCCAGGAGCUGGUGCCAUCAUUGCAGGUGCCUCAGGCAUGCAGCAGGUUCCAAUGACAGGUGCACCAGCUCAGCAGCAGCCAAUGCUGGCAGGAGUGCAAAUGGCACCAGCAGGACAGCCAGGAAAAAUGCCAAGUGGCAUCAAAACAAAUAUAAAAUCUGCCUCAAUGCAUCCAUAUCAGAGAUGAGCUGAGAUGAACCAGACCUGGGGAACAGCAGCAUUUGUACUGCUGCAGGCACUCCACCUGGAUUCCUUCUAGGACUUCCAAGUCCCUUCACAUAUCCACACACCAUAUCCAGGAAGACAGGGUUUAUAAGGCCCUUUUCUGGAUUUUAUUUAGUGCUAGGUGGCUUGUGUGGAGCUGCUGCUGACCCUGUCUCUUGGACAGAAGUACUUCUUGUGUACUACUACAGCCAGAGCAGAGGACUUUGCUUCUGGUAUUGAUGCCAUUUCUCCAGGCCUGCCUGGAGGGUAACUACCCUUUGCUGAUACAGAACCUGGAGAGCUGCACAGAGCUCCUUGUUUGUGCUUGUUGACUUGGUAUGUUAUUUCUUUACUUCAUCUUGUGUAAUAAAGAUCUUGUUAUGCUCA